AACAUAACUCUUCCUUUCGCUUCUAUAUUUGUUUAAUAUCGACGUUUUCGUUUAGUGCGGGCUAUUUGCAACAUCGCCCAGAACCGCAGCAAACAGUUAAAGAUGGCUGAUGAGAAAGUUCGACGUCCUUGUGAACUUUCAUGAGCGCAAGACUUAGACUUCCGAGAAAGCGCAGUCUGCGCAUGCAAAGUGAAAACUGGCUUAAAGGUCGUCUAAAGGUGCGCGCUGCUUGCUCCCUGUAGACGUGUUCAACUGUGGGUUACAAUUUCCUCAGCCUAACUACAUUCCCGCGGUCUGUGCAAAACAAUGGAUGCUCAAAAGUAUUUGGCACGUAUCGGCUGCGUGGGACGGUGUCCUCCGACUCUGGAGACACUGCGAUACGUUCACCUGAAUGACUUAAUGACCGUGCCCUUUGAGAACCUCACUAUUCACACCGGGGAGCGGGUCAGGCUCGAGCUGCCGCUUCUGUAUGAAAAAAUCGUGGUCAGGCGCCGCGGGGGAUUCUGCUAUGAGAGCAAUGGGCUCUUCUCGUGGCUUCUGUCUCAGAUGGGCUUCGAGGUGACCGUUCUCUCCGCUCAGGUCAGGAAUCGGUUCACCGGCGCUUACGGGCCUCCGUUCGACCACUUCAUCAUGAUGGUGGAGCUGGAUGGACGCAAGUGGCUCUGUGAUGUCGGGUUCGGAUCCGGAUUCCAGCUCCCUCUCUCUCUGGAGACAGACGGUGCUCAGGCUCAGAGCCACGGAGCGUAUCGCCUCAGAUCUCAGGGAAGCUUGAUUUUUAUGGAAGUGAAAUCUGAGACUGAUGUAUCAGGGGAAGAAUGUUGGACGGCACAGUAUAAAUUCACCCUGGAGCCACGUCGAAGAGAUGAUUUCAGAGCCAUGUGUGAUUACCAUCAGAGUUCUGCGAGCUCGAUUUUCUUCUGCAAGUCUCUGUGUUCGCUCUUGCUGCCCUCUGGAAGAGUCACGGUCAUGGGCCGCAGACUGAUUACAACCUGCUCGUCCUCAGAUGGACAGCAAACUACUAAAACCACAAGAGAUCUUUCAGAUGAAGAAAUCACAGAGCUGUUGAGAGAAAAGUUUGGAAUUGCUCUUCAUUCUCCAUUAACUCCAAAAGACGUUGAGAUUGUACCGCCACCAGUUACUUAUUAAGAGUUUUUUUGUUGUUGUUGUUGAGUCUCUUUUUCUUUAUGUCCUUUAUGCCCAUUAAAGACACAAGGAAAUAUUUCAUUAUGAAAUAAGUUGCUUUUUGCUAGCUGACUAGACUCUAUUUGUAAUCAUGUAUUGGUCUAUGUAGAUAAAGAUUUUAAACAUUGUUUGAAGUGCCUUUUCCGAUUAGUAAAAUGAUCUUAUUUGUGUUUAAUUAGCAGACAAAGUACGUCUUCUGUAAUUGUUAAUAAAGGAAUAAAUUGCAUUUUGAAAUACAA